AUGUCGCUGAACCAGACUCUACUCUAUCUUCUCUCUCUCUCCUCGAUUUCCUUUGCGAACCAGGAUGUUCUAGAUGCCGACCGAGACUCAGGUCGAGACUACAGAGCUCUGGUCACGAAGACCAUCACAUAUAAUGAGCAGACACCACUGCCGGCCCAGAAUAUCACUAGCGACUUUGACAGUCUGUCCUGCCAGCCAGACGAAAAACAAUGCAACGAUUCAUGUAUUCCCUCAACACAGGACUGCUGCUCGGCCGACCACUGCUUCCCAGGAGACUACUGCUACCACCACAGCGGCAAAGCACACUGCUGCCCCCAGGGCCUAGAGUGCUUCCAGAUCAGCGGCCAUGUCUGCUUCGACCAGAAGAUCCUGUGGUACGACGAGGUUCACAUUGUGGAGGAGGAUAGCGACGAGGUGGUCACCGCGUGGGAUCUGCACGAGUCUGUGCGGCGAGCGAAAACGAGGCUCACCGUGACAGCCUCGUAUCCGAGCGAGGGUCGCUCCUCGUACUCAGAGUUGAGCUCAAGAGUGGUGCGGGCGGCGGCAACGUCGUCGGUGGUGUUGGACUCGAUAGCCACGCGGACAAUCACGUUCACAAGCAGUCCGACCUCGGAGCUGGGAGACUCUUGGGCGGGGCCCGCGGGAGUCGAGGGAGUCAAGGGACAGGCUGUUCUGGGAUGA